CCUAUUAUCGAUAACGGGCCGUUGUGCUGCACGUGCGCUCGCUUACAAAGAAAUAAACAAUAUAAUUAAAACCUUAUUUGUAAAAACUAAGCAAAAAUGGGCGAGUUUAUAGCUGAGAUGCAGGAGCGCCUGCUGCCGGAGUAUGAGCAGAUGAAGAACUACAACGUAUUCACGGCAGAUCAAGUCAGAGAAAUCGUUGGUCGGCGCGAACGUCUGUUUCUUAAGAUCAACAAGAGUCACCAGACCAUCACCGAUUAUCUGGAGUUCAUUCUUUACGAGAAGCAAAUGCACACAACGAUUGUGGAAAAGGAGAAGAAGAUGCACGUUAAGUUGACCGGCCUAAAGAACUCUAUUUCCAUUCGGAUCAUGCGCCUAUACAGAGAGGCUCUCGGCAAGUUCAACCACGAUAAAAGGCUAUGGAGCAACUGGAUCAAGUUCAGCAAAAAGUCUAAUCCCGUCGAGGUGGCUGGCAUCUAUGAAAAGAUGCUGCUGUACCAUGGCGAUGUGGCGGACUAUUGGGUGGACGCCGCUUUGUGGCUGUACGAGUUCAACCGGCUGAAUAUCGACCGCGUCAAGGACAUCCUCCUGCGCGGCUUGCAGCGUCAUCCAGAUUCUGUGACACUCAACAAGUGCUUUUUCGAUAUAAUGCUCAAAGAGGCUGCCCUGGCUAGCGAUGAGCGUAAUCUGGCCGAGAACACGCUCUCCGAACAGGAUAUUAAAUUGGAACGCGUGGAGGCAGUCUACCGCAAUAGCAUGGCUAACAUCACUAAGCUGGACUACUUCGUAAAGCUCCUAGAGACCUGUGAGGAUCAUCAGGAGCUGACGGGCAAGUUGCAGCGCAUGAUAAUCGACGAUAUGCAGGAGAAGUUUCCAAGGGAGCCCGGUCUGUGGGACUUGCUUGCCCAGCGCGAGCUGCGCGGCUUUCACCUGGGCGACUUGGAGGAGGAGGAGCUGGAUACCAGUGACGAGGAGCCGGCCAGCAAAAAAUCUCGUUCAGUCAAUGCCCGCUCUCUAAAGCGGCGCAUUCAGCUUUGCGUCACGGUCUAUAAAUCCGCCGUGGAGGAGCUGCAAACGCAGGAGAUGUGGAACCUGUACUUGGAUGCCAUGCUGGCGCUGAAUACCGAUGGAAAAACGGAGCGAAUACUCAAGCAGCAGUGCCUGGCGGAUGCUCUCCAGGCGGGCCAUCGUUCACAAAUGAUGGGUGUGCGGCACUAUUCCAUCCUGAGGAAGAUGCUCUGCACUGCGCCCACAGGAAGAGAGGCAGCUGUCACCAUACUUACAGAGGCCCUGAAGAACGAUUCCUCCGUAGAGAUGUACGAACUCCUGUUGGCCACGCACAUUCAGAGCGAGAGUGAGCCGUUGAUCUACGAGCUAUUUAACAAGAUUCAGAAGAGCAUGGGUAGUGAAGCGCUGCCGUUGUGGCGGAAUGUCAUUCUGUAUUAUCGCACGCGGCAGGACAGCUUGGGUGCACGUCGGCUGGACGAGAUCUACGGCCUCGCCUGCAAGUCUGCUUUUCCAGAGUUUGCUGAGCUGCGCUCUGAUUACCUGCGCUAUCUGUGGCAGGAGCGAUCCAUGGAUGAGGCGCGCAAGGAGUACGCCAAGCUGGCCAUCCAGCCACCGAUGUCACUGGGGCUGCACCGCCAGAUGGUCCAGCUAGAGUCCAGUGUGGCAGUUCGCGAUCAAGCUAGUUUAAAGUACUGGCGCAUGUGCUACGACUUCAUGGCGUGCUAUUUCGGCAAAACGGAACCGCGCGUUUGGGUGGAGUACCUCACCUUCGAGCGGGAUCACGGUGAGACGAAAAACAUCUCGCUACUUGCCCAGCGGGCCCUCACCACCCUGGAGCCCCAAUACGUUCCCGCCUUUGAGGCGGAGCGCGCCCUGGCCUAUGUGGGCGCCUCCGUAGUUGGUUAAAACUUAAGAUAGGAUUCUUGCUUUUUUUACAUACUUCCUAAGUCAAGCCUCUACGCUAUAUAUAGUUAGUCGAUUUUAGUUUGAAGAGUGUUGUAAAUAAUUAAGAUAAACAUUUAAUAUAAUAUAUAAAAAACUUGUUUAAAGAUAUAAUGAAACAAAGCAAAAAAAAACC